AAUAGUCAAAUCUCCAGGUACAGAAUAGUACCGAUAUGCUCACAUGACCAGCGUCAUGAACAAAGAUCGUAAGGAACAGGGUAUAUAAAGGUCUUUUGUGGCUACAUCUGCAUCUGUGAGCAGGUGGACAGCGUCGGAGUACAUACCCUGACUUUCAGCAAAGACAGAGGCUUUGUGAAGGAAAAGAAGAUGCGGUCCGUCCUCCUCCUGUGCACCCUGGCUGUGGGCACACUUGCCCUGACUCCUGCGGAGAUACGGGAGUUCAAGGUCCGUGACGUUGUGGACCACAACACGGGUAUGAAGGGGGUCGUCACCCUGACCGAGGGUACUGACACCAUCACCAUCGUCAGCAACGCCAUUCCCGACCACGCCACGCCAGUCUACCCCAACCCAGAAAACCCCUUCCCAAUCGUGCCUCAAAAUGUCCAGAUCACCAUACCAAAGAACCCACAAGUGGCCAACCAUUCAACAUGCCUAAAUAUGGGUGCUGUGGGCGUGGCCAUCAACGGCGUUCCCAUCUAUAAUCCCUUCUCCCUUGAAUGUCGUGAUGCCAACGUGUACGAAGUCCUGGACCAAUGUGACGGCCACCCCUCGCCACAAGGAGAGUACCAUUACCACAUCCACCCCGACUGCGUCUUCGACGGCACCAGCACUCACUCCCAGAUCGUUGGCGUCGCCGCGGACGGCUUCGCGAUCUACGGCCCGGUGGACGAGAGCGGGAUCGUCCUGACUAACGCCGACCUAGACGAGUGCCAUGGCCGCAUGAAGGAUGGCGUGUACCGGUACCACGUCACCAACGCUGCCCGUACUUCAUGGCGUGAGUGGCGACAGCAGCAGUGGAAGAACUUCGAGCGGGCGUCCAGCAUUGGCAGCAGGAACAGCAAGCGCUUCAUCGGCCGGCUACUGCAGCUAAGGAGGCGGUCAAGAAUACCCAGUUCCGUCCACGCGCACCGCUCCCCUCUCAGUAACGGCAUGCAUGUUUGGAUGAAGAGAAUGGACACAUGUGUCAUUGCUUUUGAUUCCCUAGAACUAAUCCUUGGCUUUAGUUGA